GUCAUGCAUAAUAAAAUUAAAAUUAAAUUAAAUUAAAAUACCCCCAUGGAAUUUGAGGGUCCCCCAAUAAUUAUUUUCAUCCUAUACCUUUGAGGUGUGUGGCAUUUUCUGGAACACCACAGUUUAAACUUUAAGGGCACGGUGAAUUAAACUUAUCUGAGUAAUUUUGACAUUUUUAAUGCCUGACAUUUUACACCUGAUAUUAACAGGUGAUGGGUCAAAAAUGGAGCAAGACCAAAUUUACGAACUCUUCAUUUCUCAUGUGUCUGAUCAUGUGAAGAAUGAACUCUCUUUUUCUGAACUAAACAAUAUAAUGACAGAACAAAAGAUUCUGGAACUUCUUUGGCAGCCACAUUCAUUGGAAAAACUUUCCUUUGCUGACAUGUCAAGUUUGUGGCUCUUAAUCCAGAGAGAUGAAUUCAUCAAGUUACAACUACUGCAAGAUAUGGAACACAUUCCAAGAGUGUACGGCUUCUGUGGAAAAUUUUAUGCUGUAGAGAGGGUGGAGACCCUAGAAGAAUUUUCCUUUUCUCCAUUUAAAAAGCCAAUGCCUUGGAAAAAACGCUUAAAGACAGCUUUAGACUUUUUGGAGCUUUCACAAGAAUUUUCUAACACGGCGUUAGGAAAACUUCACCACUGUGAUAUCCAGCCAGGAAAUUUUGGUAUCACCAAAGCUGCGAGAGUCGUAGCCAUUGAUAUUGACUCUGUAUUCUCCAUGCAACAAAUGGAGGAUUUCCUUGAACAACCAACUUGUGAGAGUAACAAACAGUGUGAUUUCUUUGACUGCAUGUCUGCAUGUAAUGUAACAGAACAUCAAUGUUCAAGAAAUAUUCUCACCAACAACCUUCAGGUCAUUUGUCGAGAUAUUUUCUUGUCAUACUGGGGACAGCCAGGAUUGUUACAAAGAGCUCCAAUCCAUGCUAAAAACAAACUCUCAUCCGUGUUAUCAGAGUGCGCAUCAGAAACAAUGCUACCGUGGAAACCAGGAAAAAUGGAGAGGAUUCACAGAAAACUAAAGAAAAUUCUCUCCGAAGAACAAGUGUCUAAUUAGUUCUAAUUGAAACAAGCAGAUGCUUAUAAAUGGAUUUUUAACUGUAAAUUAUGUAUUUGCAAAUUAAAGCAUAU